AAGGCAGUUUCUCGGCUCAGCUGACACUUGGGGAGCGGUUUGUGCUGCAUUCAAGCUCGAACACAAUGUUCUUUGCGGCCAUCCUUUUGCACGGCCUGUGCCUGGCAAACGCCAUCAACUUCACAACCGUCUACGAGUGGGACGAAUUCGAUUUCAUCUGGCCAUCAGGAGCGGACAGUUCACACGGACAGAUCAAACAGAAUUUUAAAUCAUCGAAAGUUUAUCUUGAUUACAUGGCUGCUUUUGGAGAAAGGCUGUUCCUCAGCAUUGAAACGCAAUCCGGAGUUCCCGCCACUUUGGUGUGGCUGCCAACGAGUGGAGCUUCGACUGCACCUCCAAAGCUUGCUCCUUUCCCUUCCUGGAAUUUACACGAAAAAGACAACUGCGAUUCUAUCCAGUGGGCCAAAGGUAUGGAAACGGACACCGAUGGACGGUUGUGGGUGCUAGAUGACGGUAACAGAAAAUGUCCGGGCAAACUUUGGAUAUUCAACCUGGUCAACAACGACACAACCGAGCGCGUUUACCAGUUCCCGGAUACAGUCGUCUCUCAUACAUUUGAUAAAAGGUGGCUGCAUGAUAUCGUGCUGGACAAAACGCAAGACGAUUACCUUGCGUACAUCACGCAAGUUUCUUCUGAGAAUAUCAUCGUUUAUAGCCGUAAAACGGAAAAUUCCUGGUCAGUUAAAAUACCAGGGGUACGUAUUUCUACUUUGGCCCUCUCUACUAAAAGUGAAGCAAGGCAGUUGUACCUUGGAAGAUAUGGUUCCAAAGAACUGUACUCGGUGUCGGUGUCUGAGCUGAAGAAAGAAGGCGGAAACGCUACUGGGAGAUUAAUCGGCAAAUGGACUGCAAGACCUUACAGAAUGCUAAUCGACAGCGCCAAUGUCUUGUAUGCCGCCUUUAACUACCAGAGUUACACCUCUAAAAGGAAUAAUUCGACACCCUUUCACGAGGAGCGAUUUCAUGAGGUCGGACAACUGGGUGCUGGAUAUCCAUUUACUUUUGCCUUGGACGCGAACGGCAGUUUCUGGAUGACGGAGAGAAAUGAAACUGAUUUUGGGAUUAGGCAUAAACUACUCAAGGCUGAAGUCGGCGCAAGAUCUUAUUUAUACAAGAUCUUAUUAUCCACAGACUUGCCAUUGCGUGGCUGACCCUGAGGAUGAGAAGAAUGCAAAACUCUUUCAGGCACAUUUCGAUGGACAACUUCGUUUUCCCGGACAGCAAACAGUCUUUUACUGAGACUAUUAUAUACAAUAAAGUGUGUUGCAAUUUAGUUUUGGGUUAGUUAAAAAAAACAUAGAGAGAUGAACAGAGCGCUUUUUAUGGUUUAUCGCCUUUUUCAACAAAAUAAUCUUUUAUUUGUAAGAAUAAUUCAAGGCAAAUAAAAUAUUGCAUUUUAUAUUU